AUGAGCUCCCCAAUGCCAAUUACCACUCAGCCCGAGACUGAAGGCGUUGCUCGACCGGCUACCACUUCUCCCCAGACCCUCGACAACGUCCGCUGUUCCCGCUGCCAGCGAACCCUCAACAUAGGCCCAUCAGGCGGUGCCGUUCAAUUCGGCAUGAACUCCUACUACUGCAGCCGUUGCGCUGCCAAGGUCGGCUUUGGGGGAUGA